AUGGCAGACGAUGAUGUUGCAGCUUUAGUCAUUGACAAUGGCUCCGGUAUGUGUAAAGCCGGAUUUGCUGGUGAUGAUGCGCCUCGAGCCGUUUACCCGUCCAUCGUAGGUCGACCUCGCCAUCAAGGUGUCAUGGUUGGAAUGGGUCAAAAAGAUUCUUAUGUCGGUGACGAAGCUCAAAGCAAGAGAGGUAUCCUUACCUUGAAAUAUCCUAUCGAACACGGUAUUGUCACCAAUUGGGAUGAUAUGGAAAAGAUCUGGCAUCAUACUUUCUACAACGAAUUGCGUGUAGCUCCAGAAGAGCAUCCCGUCUUAUUGACGGAAGCUCCCUUGAAUCCUAAAGCAAACCGUGAAAAAAUGACUCAAAUCAUGUUUGAAACAUUCAACAGCCCUGCCAUGUACGUCAACAUCCAAGCCGUACUCUCCUUGUAUGCUUCUGGUCGCACAACUGGUAUUGUCAUGGAUUCUGGCGAUGGUGUUAGCCAUACUGUCCCCAUCUAUGAAGGUUACUCUCUACCCCAUGCCAUUAUACGUCUGGAUUUAGCUGGCCGCGAUUUAACCGAUUACUUGAUGAAAAUUUUAACCGAACGUGGCUAUAGUUUCACCACCACUGCUGAACGUGAAAUUGUGCGCGACAUGAAAGAAAAGUUAACUUAUGUUGCAUUAGAUUUUGAGCAAGAAAUGCAAACUGCCGCCUCCAGUUCAAGUCUGGAAAAGAGCUACGAAUUGCCUGAUGGUCAAGUCAUCACCAUUGGCAAUGAGCGAUUCCGUUGUCCUGAAACUCUCUUCCAGCCUGCUUUCAUCGGCAUGGAAUCAGCUGGUAUUCAUGAAACGACCUACAACUCCAUCAUGAAAUGCGAUGUCGACAUUCGUAAAGACUUGUACGCUAAUAUUGUAUUAUCCGGCGGUACGACCAUGUUUGCUGGCAUUGCUGAUCGUAUGCAAAAGGAAAUUUCUGCCUUGGCACCUCCAACCAUGAAGAUUAAGAUUGUUGCUCCUCCUGAAAGGAAAUACUCCGUUUGGAUCGGAGGAUCCAUCUUGGCUAGCUUGUCUACCUUCCAACAAAUGUGGAUCUCCAAGCAAGAAUAUGAUGAAUCUGGCCCAUCCAUCGUUCACCGUAAAUGCUUCUAAAAUGGUCGUUCAUAGGCUGAAUAAAUUUCUUUCAAUUUCUUAUUAUUCCAAAGCUCUACUAUUUAAUCUGCAAUGACAAUUUCCAUAAUUAAUUAUAAUAAAAUUG